GUGUCUUCUCCCUUCUGUCAAAACAGAAGUUUUUGAACUUGUGCUGUGUGACACGAGGGAAUUGAUGUAUCCACCGUCUAUUUAUAACACAGAGAGCAGGUGUGCCGAUACACAGAGGCAAAGUGAUUGGUCGGGAUCCUCUGAGGACACUUUGUGCUUGUGUAAAUACACACACACACACACACAUGGGGAACACAUUUACAUAGACCUUGUGAAAACAUGGCAUUCUUCCUCCACUGUAAACCUCUUUACAGUGCAUACAUUCAAAUGACAAAGACAUUCCCAUGCAUGAAUACAAUCAGGCAAUAAAAGAUUUACAGCUUGCUGCUGGCACAAACACUCAGUUCUAUUCACACAGCUCAAAUAUGUUUCCAAGUGCUGUCAUUUGAAAAAGGAAACCAGAUGCUCUUCACAAUAUCAGAUUCAUCUCCCUUGAGGGUAGAGUAGGUUUACACCCACAAACAGAUCUGCUGAGAUGAUCUACAGCUCUCAACAAAUCAACAAAUCUUGUCCUAACACAAACGCACUGCAUACAGGACAACUUCUAAACAACGCCUCAGUUUAUCACUGGUGCCACACAAAAAAGGAACAAAAUUUCAUGAGAGCUGAAGGUGGGAGGAAGGUAGCUUUGUUUGCAUUUGCUUUCUAUUGUGGUCAUUUACACGUACAUCUAGUGAGACUGAAAGUGCACUGCUGCAGCCUCAAAAAGGAAGUAGGCGAGGUCUGCUUUGACAGCAACGGUGCAAAAAAUUAAAAAAAACAUCCCAAGAGUUACUAUUUUGAAGUGUGACUCUUUGUGUUACAUGAUGAAACACUUGGGGACAGAAGAUAGGAAAAGAACUUGAUGGUUCAAGAGAUUUUUUUGUUUUUAAGAUUUGUUUCAGCUGUUUCUUUUCAUGGACUCUACUGGAUUAUUUUUUAAAGCCAAAGAUUGGGUGGACAUUUUGUUAAAAAAUCUGAAGAUUUUCAUCUUGAGGAAAGACUGAGAUAUUCUGUCUUCCGGAUUACUCAAAUUAAACACUGUGGCAAUGCCUGUGAUUGUACUAGAGGCCAGAGACUUCACCAGUCCUCUUUUCCUGGUGCGAACAUUGGAAGUGUUAUUCUGCUGUACAGCCCUGAGUCUUGUGGCCUCACUGGAACAUGAGGACUUAAACCAUCUUAAUGGCCACAACACGUUCAAGAUCUUCUGCAUGUUUACCUGGUGCUUCUUCUUCACCCUGACCCUCCUUAUCCACAUUCUCAGCAUCAUCCAGUUUCACAGCCUCAUCCCAAUUUCGUGGAAGAACCUGACGAUGACGGUGGCUGUGCUGGGAGCUCUGAUGAGUCUCAGCGCUUCUGUGAUUUUCCCUUGGAUCAUCAUGGAUCAUACAAAAAUAUCGCCGCGCCCUGUGGCGGCAGCAGUGGCCUCCUGUCUCACCACCUUGGCCUACACCUCCGAGUCCUUCGUGCUCGGUACCCAACCCCAGGAGCAGAGAGGCUACAUGGGCAGCAUGCCAGGCAUCCUGAAGAUACUCCAGCUGUGGGGAGGCUGCCAGAUGAUAACUCUGCUUGUGGAAGUUUUUAUGCUGACCGGUAAAGUUCAUUGGUGGCAACUAUGGGCGUCUGGCGUGUCGUGCGGUGUCUGUGUCUUCCUGUCUGCAGUCACACUGGUGGUAAUUUUGGGUGACUUUGCCAAGCGAUGCCCCCUUCCUUUUGACAGAUUUUUGGCAGGCUUCAGUCUGAUCGGGGUCUUGCUCUACAUGUUGGCGACAGUGAUUUGUUUCACCAAGAUACUGCAGCUAAGAGGCCACGGACAAAGUGCCUCCACCAAAAACAUGGAGGUGUUUAAUCGCGUGGUUAUGGAAACGGUGGUUUCCAGUAUCACACUGUUUGCUUACACAGUGGAUCUUGCCUUCUCUAUUAAACAAUUGUGUGACAGGAACCACGUGUGAAGUUCAACAUGUGAAGUAUGUAAAAGUUUACGAGAAAACCAUGACUAUUGCAAGUAUGUAACAGUCACACUGAAUGUUUUUGCUCCCAAUCAUCGCUAUGUCAUCAAAUUCUUUCUGGAUAGUAAACUUAAAAUCAACAAAUUGUAUAAAGCUGACAUCCAUAAUCAAAUUGGAGUGUUCCACUGAGUUUUAUAUGUGGGAAUGAUUUUACUGAAGCGAAAGAGGUAUAUGUCAUUUAUCUUUCAGUUCCUUAUUACACACAAACUGUACAACUGCUAAAGGUGGGUUAUGUGACAGAUCCAUUGUUUAUGGACAUAUUGUGGGUUGUGUGUACUGGUGUGUGUGUUAAAAGUAUAAAUAUAAUUUCUGUUCUUUUUUUUUUUUUGACUAGUUGUACAUCACAAUUUGACUGUUCAACUACUGAUAAAUUCUCAGUCACUGAGUUAAACAUUAAUUAAAUAUUUAUGUGUGGCUUUUGAGGAAAAUGAUUCGAUAGCAUGACCACUGAACAGACUCUCCUUAGUCCAGUGACUGUAAGAUACAGAUAUCAUUUCUGACAGCAUGAUGCAAUGGACAGAGAAGAAGUUUGCCCCCAAAAGGGUCAGACCAAUAUCAAAAGGCUUCUCUUAUCAAUGAAAGUUAGUGAAAAUUCUGAGCGUAAUGCUGUCUUUCAGAUCAAGCCCUCAAAUAUUUGCAAGCUUAACUCAAUUUAAGGAGGCUAGUUGCCAUUCACCAACACUAGAUGGCAACACUACAUUACCAUGGACCUCUAUUUAAAUCACAGGGCUGAACCUUGUAUGUAGAAUAUACAAAAUGUUUUCAUAUUCCACAAAUACACUUGUAUCAACUGUGUUUCAUAGUUAAUAUUUUGAAUAUAAAUAAAAUCAAGCAAUCAAUUCAGCUUUAAAGUUUGUAAAGACUAAAUACUCGUGAUUGUUAUUCACACAAACAAGCUAUGCAUUGCAUUAAUAAGUCUAUGUGCUAUUUAAGUAACAACAAAGCCUUAA